CCCCAAAGGAAUGACGUGAUUUUAGCCCGGAAGUCGACGGGGUUCGUGCCAGGGUAGUAUGGCACGAUAGCCUCGGAUGCUAUCGGCGACGAUGUCUAUAUGUUUAUGUGAUCGUUGGUAUCAUGAACCACCGUGGCUCAACCCUGAUAUCCACUUGUAAUUUUAUGAAUUAAUUUUGUUGGUAUAGUCCUCAAACUGCGAAGUAAGCAUCUGUCGUCAUGGCUGCUACAUUGAAGCAAGAAACAAUACAACCGUUCGAGGCUGGAAGGUUAGCAUUACCAUCGCUAACCUUCGAGCAAUUCGAUCUCCCAUCAACUAAUCAGCGCUUACUUGGGGCCCCUCACCCAGAGGGAACUACUAUUCCUCUUGCGCUACGCCCAUCAAGUCCUGGCGAUGCUGAGCCUAACCUUGACACCGUCAUUGAAACAGUCAAGCAGCUUCAAGCACAGGGAGGCAUUCUCACUAAGAAGUUGGCCGUCCAUGGAACACUCCUGUUCCGAGGCCUGCCAAUUCACGAUGCGAAUGAUUUCAGUAGAUUUGCUCACGCCUUUGGGUACAAACCACAUGAAAUCAUCGGCAUAGUCGUAAACCGGCCACUUCUCGCGCCUAACGUAGCUCCCGCCAACGAAUCACCAAAAGAAGUAUUGAUAUACAACCACAACGAAUCCCCACAAGUCCCACACGCCCCCGAGUACAUAUUCUUCUACGGGCACCGAGUCCCAGAAAAGGGCGGGGAAUCACCAAUGUCCUCAUCCCUCGAACUAUUCCACCGCGCGCAACAAGAAAUCCCGGAAUUCAUCAACGAACUCGCGGAAAAGGGUAUCCUUAGUAGAGUCACUUACAAAGUAGACAAACAGUACGCCGGAGGGUCAACCUUGAAACAAGCCUUCGGAAAGGAAAUCCAAGAAGGCGAUGAUGAAGCGACGAAGCGCGCUAAGAUUGAGGCGCAGAUCGCGAGGUAUGGAAGGGGCAAGUACACAACUUGGGAAUGGGCCGACGAUGGUAUUGUGUUAACGCACAAACUACCGGCGAUCCGGACGCAACCGGGGACCGAUCUACCGACGCUGUUUACCGGAUUAGCGGCGUAUUAUAAAAACAUCCAGGUCAACGGUAAGGGCAGAAAUGUCACGCAGCAGCUCUUCGGCGACGGCACGCCCAUCCCCGAGAAGUACCUCGCGGCGCUGGCGAGGAUCACGGAUGAGAUUCGUGUCCUGCAUAAGUGGCAGCGUGGUGAUGUGCUGGUUUAUGAUAAUAUUAUCGCGCAGCACGGGCGGCAGCCGUGGGAGGGUGAGCAGUCCGAUCGGGUUAUCCAGGCGAGUUUGUUUGAUGGUGAGAAAGUCCCUGGUGCGUAUAUCGAUGAGGAUUGGGCACAGGUUGUUCAAGCGCUUGAAGGCUAGUCAAUUUUUGCAGCCGAUAUGAUCCAGGUGCAUUUUGAUCCAUUAUGAAGAGUUACUACCGUAGAAAUGUCUUGUAUGCAAUUGGCCAAGCUUUCAUUCAUAAGGGGAACGAACCUAUAAUACUAGGUCCGCCAAGACUACUCCCAUUGAAGCCAUCCCAAGGGAAAGUUUAGAGUAGCCUUUGACGAUUCACCGCAGGUUUACGACUUCAAUUAGAAUACCGCUUCCUAAUGUAAUAUUUAAAUUGCUCGACCAAA